AUGGACCUUGCUCUCCUCCAGCAGCACCUCAUUGCAAACAUUGAAGCUCUGCAACGUGAAGGCUAUGUUGAUCACUAUAUGAAGAUGUGCUAUGGGCUGAAAGAGACUUCUGGCAUAACAUUCUUCUUAGAAUUGAUUGUUACUUUUCUAACAGACGCUGCUACUGUCAUAGAUGAUAUGACUGCCACAGUUGAACAUCCGAUUCUGGACUAUGAUAAGAUGCAGGAGCUUGCCAUCAAGCUCAAGGGAAGUUCUGCAUGCAUUGGGGCUUGUAGGAUAAGUGCUGGUUGCACUCAGUUACUCCAAGAAAUUAGAAGAAGAUCACGGAGAGACUGCAAACUGGUAGUCGAGAUGAUGAUCAUAGAAAGAUCCACCUUGGAAAUCAAGCUGGAGACUAUUAUGCAGCUGGAGCGUGAGAUCGUUGACAGACAAUUACAGUGA